UCGAUUCUUCCUGCUAAUGGCUGCUGAUAUAAACAUAACGAGAUGAUUCCGUUGUUGAUUGUAAUAACUUUUUCCAGCUUUAUGCAAACAUUUGGACAGAUAUCGUUAAAAUUACAAUAUUGUUCUUUUUUCAAUAAUCGAGCGCCAAAACCACAACCAAGUUUGAAAAACUGUACAUGGUUCCGUGAAAACUCAUGCUGUAUGCAAGAAGAAAUUGACGCUACGUUUGGAAGAGUCAAACCGUUAGUUGGAGCCUCUCCAGAUUGUCUUAGAUACACUAACUAUCUAAUGUGUUAUAUAUGUGACCCUUUGCAGGAUAAAUUUUAUUGUCGAGAAAGGCUAACGGUAUGUGAAGAUUUCUGUGAUUCUUGGUACCAGGCCUGCGGUUCAGCCAUUCUGAAAGGCUCCAUUAUAAAUUCUCUGUACACAAACGGUGGCAACUUUUGUGAAAGUAGAAGUUUUCUAGUUGAACAGAACACAGAUACGUGUUUUCGUGUAGACAGUGCGUUAGAUAGUAUAAACUCAGGAAAUUCUCUACAGAAUGGUAUUGGAUUAUUGAUUAUUGGUUCACUUAUAUUCUGUAAACACUUGAUGUUUAUGAACUAAACUUUUGUAUAAAAUACAAUGUUUUCAUCGAACCAAUCUAUUGUAAACACAUAUUAUUUCGAACUGAAAUUUUGUAUGCAUACAUACAUAUUGACAUUUGAAAUUUGCCAAAUUUUAUAUUGAAAGGCUUUGUUAUCAACACGACAAACGGUAUGCAAUGCUGCGAAAUUGUGCUAUAAUUCGUGUAGAUGCUUACAUUUUUAACUUGAGUUAAAUAUUUAGAUAUAACAUGUUGUUUUUCUGAGUGGUUGGUUACUUACAUCGAUAAAAUAUACAUAUACAACAGUCCCCU